CUGGAUAACAAUGCUUUGCUAUAUAUAAGUGUCGUUUCCAAACCCUAUCUUUCUCUUCUUCGCUCUUCUAGGGUUUAUUGGAGCCGUCUUGCAGUCUUUCAGCAGAAACAAUGGCUGUCCCCUUGCUAUCCAAGAAAAUUGUGAAGAAGCGUGUGAAGAAGUUCAAGAGGCCUCAGAGUGAUAGGAAGAUUUCUGUCAAGGAAAACUGGCGAAGGCCAAAGGGUAUUGACUCAAGAGUCAGGAGAAAGUUCAAAGGAUGCACUCUAAUGCCCAAUAUUGGUUAUGGCUCAGACAAGAAAACUCGUCACUAUCUUCCCAAUGGAUUUAAGAAGUUUGUUGUUCACAAUGUGAAGGAGCUUGAAGUUCUGAUGAUGCACAACAGGACAUACUGUGCGGAAAUAGCCCAUGACGUAUCAACCAAGAAGAGAAAGGAGAUUGUUGAGCGGGCAGCCCAGUUGGACAUUGUUGUCACCAACAAAUUGGCCAGGUUGCGUAGCCAGGAAGAUGAGUAAAGUGAUAUUCGCAUUUUGGUGGUUUCAGCAAUUUGUAUUGACACUGUCAGGAUCGUUUUUAUUUUGGAAAUUGGAUGUUUAUUUUUUGUUUUAAGUUCGGAGCUUGAUGUUAGAGAAUGAUUUCUUUUUAUGAUAUAUGCAACCUACGGAAUUUUGUUUUUCUAUUA